GACGUCGAAGCGGAGGCGCGCGAGCGUCGGUGCCCGCGCCGAUCAGUCCGCGCGGGACGCUCGACGAGCGAGGAUCGUGUUCACGGCUUGGCUCUCGAGGUCUCUCUCAGGUGCACCGGUGGGUUAACGGCUAGAGCGAGGGAGGGAGAGAAAGAGGGCUAGUUUUCCGCACGCAGUUUUCCGCAGGGCCGACGGCGCCGUAAAGGAGAAGGGAAAAACGGCGGCGAUCAUAGAGAAGCAUUUCUCGCGAGACGACCGGGACCCCGGGAGUAUUGGAGCACAGAUGGUGAGAGGAUCGUUACCCGAUAUCGCAGUGACUGAUAUGGCAUCGGGCAGAGAAAUCCACGGUGCUUUCAGCCUGAUCGUGGACGACGUGGACUCGCACUCGAUCCUCAGCGACGGCUCCGACCUGGACGGGCUCUCGCGCGAGAGCAGCUCGCAGAACUCGGCGUCGCAGACGCCGCUGGACAGCCCCGGUGGGCCGCGGGAGAGGAUCAAGCAGAUCCAGGUGGAGGCUGAGACCAGGCGGGGCGAGUUCGCCAGGCUACUAGAGGAACACGCGCAGGUGGUGCGCAAGCUGAAGAUGAUGGAGGCAGAGGAGCAGCUAUCGACGACGACGACGACGACGACGACGGCGACCGGGAACGCGACGGUGAUCGGUGGCGCGCACGCGUGAUUUUACGAUUUUAUUUUCACCACCGAUGCCGAGACGGGGGUGUCACCGAGAGUCGGGACCAUCGCGUCGACCACCGUCGUACGACCGACCACAACCGCCUCACUGCGUUUCCCCCUCGUCCGCCUCGAAACCCGCGAAACCCCAUCCGGACGGACCAUCGUCGUUCGUCAUGAUUUGCAGACAAGACGCGGAUGACGUACGGAUUAUUAAUCCUCGAAUGCACCCCUCCUGGACGGACCCGCGAAAUAUCCAUAUACACACGUUGGCGGGAAAGUUACAGGGUACAUCCGAGAUUUAAAUUAUGGAGGAAGGGAGAUAUGGACUACUCGAGAGGAUUUUCCUUGCUGUCUUUUUUCCUUUUUCUCUUCUGUAUUAUGUUACAGUUCCGUUCCGCUUUUUCUCUAAUUUCCGCUUCCGGAUUAAUUUGAUUGCGCGACUUUGAUUUAAUUGAAACAAAGACUGAAAUCAAAUUGAUAAACCCUGACCGAUACGAAAGAAAAAUUUGUGGAAAAAUUUGUAUUUUAUAUUCCGAAUCAUGGCAAUUGAACAAAAUGAAUAUUAAUCUGGUAUAUUUACGAAGAAAUUCGAAGAAAAGUAAGAUGUAAAGGCUUAAUAAAAUUUAUUUCACGAGGUUUUUAUACGUACGAUCAACGCGUAUUUAUUAUCGCGAUUACGGAUUGUAUUACCAUGUAACUUCUCGCAAUUUUAUUUAUAAUUGUGAAUAAAAUAUCUGUUCCGUUUAUUAAAAAUCGAGAUUACGCCGUCGCGCGCGUAAUUCCACCAAUGUAACACAUAUGUACGUAAUACAUAUGUACAUAUUUUAAGCGAAGCCUUUUUUCAUCCGAUUUCAUCCGAUUCCGAGAUCGGAUCGAAGCAAGUCCCAUUGGCAGAAUCAUCAUCAGUGAAGGGUAACCCGUAACCAAUCUCCCGCGACAGGGAUCGUUCUUAAAAUUAAUCCUUGUUUGCAACAAAGUCUGAA